CACAUCAUUUCGUAAGCGAUUGAAUAGUGAUUCUUAUUUUUAUCUUGAAAUUAUUUAAGUAUUAUUUAUUUACAAUUGCUGUAUUCUUACGAAAUAUAUAAAACAGUCUUGUAUCAUGACAAUAAUUGUGUAACCACAUAAAAUGGAAAAACAGAAUUCUGUCGAAGAACUUCUCGUUCUGGUUGAUGAUAAAAUCAAAUAUGGUAAAGAACUUGUGUUUCUGUUGCAACCUAUACAAGCCGUCGAUGGGGUCAUGAAGUUACAAAGGAAGAUUCGUCAAGAAAUGGAGUUUCUAAAAAAGCUACAAAAAACUAGAAAAGUGAAACUAGAGCAAUUAUCCUGUUCAAACUUACGACAUUUGGGUGCAAUGGUAGACUGUGCGUUGAGGCCCGGUGUGGUGGCAGUGUGUAAGAUAUUUCACAUUGAUGAUGAAAGCAAACUAGUUAUUGAUGUAAUUAGUGACCAAGGAAAAACGUGGACCAAAGUAAUAGCCAGAAAUCCCAAAUCCCUCUCUGCUCUGAGUUCCGGAAAUGCAUCAUAUGGGGCUCGGUCCAUUCUUGACCAAGCUGAGGAUUACUUGGAGUGUGCCAAGUUGUACCCCUGCAUGUACCAGCCUCCAAAGGUGAUAUUUGAAUUCGUCAGUGGCAUAGAAGAGAGUUUAGCUAAAAAAUUAAAAGCAGUGGGUGUUAUAGUGAAAGGGGAGAUUUUGCCAGAUUCCAGUCAUGCUGAAGACUGUGAUGACUCCUGCCCGUCUCAGUCUAGUGACGAAGAGGAUGAAACACUGGAAGACAGUAACCCUAAAACACUAGAAGAAAUGUCCCAAUGUAUUGAAGAGCACCCUGAGAUCACCACUCUGAACCUGGACGUCACAGCAAUGAUGGCUUACGUUAGCAAUAUGACCAACGGACACUGCGACUACCGGUUUAAACAGGAAGUUCUGACUCAGCAGUGCGCUUGGGAAGCGGAGAGGCCAGUCAAACCUAUCUUGGAGAAGAUAUUUGAGGGGAAGAGCCUGGUCUGCUGCAGAACCGCCUGGGACGACUUCGCGAAGAUAGUGGACACGCUCGGAGGUGAGAUGGAGAGGCGGCGGACUGCCGAGCUGCGGGAGAGGCUCACGGUCUACCCUGACGACUACGCAGGGGAGGACGACCUUGCACGGCAGAAGCUAAAAGUGCGCGGUCACAUUCGUCUGCGAUCUCGCAUCAUAUUCAACUUCGGGCAUCGGAUAAAAGCCAUCACAGUGUCGGCCAAUGAAGGGUUCGUCAGGGCAGCCCAUCAACAGGGAGUGACGUACGCAGCAUUUAUCCACGAGUCGCGAGCGCUCACCGAGGGCAAGGAGCCUACCGCCACGAAGUUGUCCUCAUGAUCUUUGAUAUUAAACGGUUUUGGCAGA